AUGGAUAUUUCGAAACUUUCACCACAAGAACAACGUCUCUAUAAGCUCUACGGUAAAUUACCUACCCGUUCAGAGCUCUUGCUCAAUAAGAAAUUGCGCGGAGGAGAUCGCAAGUUUUUUGAUUCCGGUGACUAUGCACUUUCAAAGGCUGGUAAAGAUACAGAUGCCGCAGGAGGUAAUAUUGAUGCAGAUAUUGGUGCAAAACGCCACCCUGAUCCAACUGAUAUCCCUCAUCAUUCAUCAUUCUCUGAACCUAGUCCAGGUCCUAGCCCAGCUGCAGCAUCUCUAGGUACUUCCAGUAAUAUUGGCCUCACACCAGUAACUUCUAUUCCAAGUAAUUCUGGGGGGUCUGAAGAUAUUAAUACAAGCAACAAUAACAACAAUAACAACAAUACAAGCAACAACACUUUUGAUGAAAUAAAGGGCAUCCAAUCUUCUAAUAAUACCCCAUUGGCUUCUCAUCAUGACUCAUUUUCUUCAGCUUCAUCAUCAUUGACAUCUUCAUCAUCAUCUUCUUCUUCUUCUUCUUCAUCCUUUUUAAAUAAUUUACCCACUGGAGAAGCUUCCCGUAGAGGAUCAAUUGUAAACCCAAUUCCAACAGUUCUACCACCACGAUCACCUCAUGCAGCCCCAGCAAGUUUACAACCAGGAAGUGCAGCUUUGUCUCUGAUAAAUAGUCAUUCUCCAGUUACAGCACAAGUCUUUGAACCCAGCACACUUCUCCAUGAGCGGAAAGAGUAA